CAUGCUUCUGCACAUACACACUGCAACCACCACCAUGGUCACCAACAUCACAUGCACGCCGAAACAUCACUACUUACCUCUUUCCUCCUGUCCCGCUGCCGACCGGGCUCUCUCUACCACAGCAUCCUUUGCGAGCGAGAUUCUCGCCGUAUUGCUUACUUUACCUGCCUCAACUUUGGAUUCAUGCUUGUACAGGCCUUUUACGGAUGGGUCAGUGGCUCGCUUGGUCUUCUCAGCGAUACCGUCCACAUGUUUUUCGAUUGUUUGGCUUUGGUCAUUGGUCUUGGUGCAGCCGUUGCCAGCAAAUGGCCUACCAGCCCCGAAAUGCCUUUUGGAUGGGGCAAACUGAACGUGCUUGCCGGGUUUGGAAAUGGCAUCUUCCUCAUGCUGGUUAGUGUGGAGUUUGUCUGGGAAGCAGUUGAAGGCAUUAUGGAAGGCACUGAACUGCGCCAUGUGGAAGAGUUGCUGGUGGUUAGUACACUCGGUUUUCUAGUCAAUAUGGUCGGACUAUUCGCUUUUGGCCACGCCCAUCACGGUCACGAUCACGGACACGAUCACUCUCACGGCCACGGCAACGAGAACAUGCACGGCAUCUACCUCCACGUCGCCGCUGACGCAGGAGGUUCUCUCGCCGUAAUCCUCAGUACAAUCCUCACACUCUGGAAGCCUUGGUACCUGUGGGAUCCUCUAGCCACCAUCGUCAUCGCCAUUCUUAUCUUCCUUGCUGCAGUACCUUUGGUCAGAGACUCGGGCGGCAAAUUGUUGCUUGUUAUUCCUGAUGAUCUGGAAUAUGGACUCAAGAAUGCGUUGCAGGAACUCAGUGGUUUGAGGGGUGUUACGGGUUAUGCGGUGCCGAGAUUUUGGGUCGAAGAUGAUAAAAAAAUCCUAGGCGUCAUCCACGUGUUUUGCGCCCGAGCAGCAGACCCAGAAGACGUGCGAGAAAGAGUCGUAACUUACUUUUUGCAAUUAAACAUGCAUGUGGUUGUACAAGUGGAAAAAGAAGGAGAAGGAAGGUGUUGGUGUGGUGGAGGU